GCAAAUGGCCCGGGUUCUCCCCCAGUGCCUGACUUGCGUUCGCUGGGAGGAGAGCCGCAGAGGGAGCGCGCGUUCGGAGCGGGCUGCUCUCGCUGCGACCACAGGCUGGUUCGCGCAGGCUGUCCUUCUCCUUCAAAACCGUGCAUCCCCUCCCCGAAGCAGCAGGCAGUGUGCCUCCAUUCAGCCACAUUUGGUAUGCAUGAGCACGGCUGCAGGGAGAGGGGAGGUGGCUUUCUUAAGAAGGUUCCGUGGCUCAGGCAACGCCACUUGACUAGUCUCCCAAGUUCCAGCAAGCCUCUGCCCUGAUGGAAUUUGCAGGUGUGGAGAUGACCAUGGGAUGCCAAGGCCGUGGGGGACCGUUUGUUUUCUAGGCAUUGCUCAGGGUUGCAGUUUUUGGUUCUCCCGGUGGAAUUUGGAAGGGGUCAUGAAUCAGACUGAUGCUCCUCGUCCCCUAAACUGGACCAUCCGGAAGCUGUGCCACGCGGCCUUUCUCCCAUCUGUCAGACUUCUGAAGGCUCAGAAAUCCUGGAUAGAAAGAGCAUUUUAUAAAAGAGAAUGUGUUCACAUCAUACCCAGCACCAAAGACCCCCAUAGGUGUUGCUGUGGGCGUCUGAUCGGCCAGCAUGUGGGCCUCACUCCCAGUAUCUCCGUUCUUCAGAAUGAGAAAAAUGAGAGUCGCCUCUCCCGAAAUGACAUCCAGUCCGAGAAGUGGUCCAUCAGCAAGCACACACAGCUCAGCCCGACGGAUGCUUUCGGGACCAUUGAGUUCCAAGGAGGUGGCCAUUCCAACAAAGCCAUGUAUGUGCGAGUGUCCUUCGACACAAAACCUGAUCUCCUUCUGCACCUGAUGACCAAGGAAUGGCAGCUGGAGCUUCCCAAGCUUCUCAUCUCCGUGCACGGGGGCCUGCAGAACUUCGAACUGCAGCCAAAACUCAAGCAAGUCUUUGGGAAGGGGCUCAUCAAAGCGGCCAUGACCACCGGAGCGUGGAUCUUCACGGGAGGGGUUAACACAGGUGUUAUUCGCCAUGUUGGAGACGCCUUAAAGGACCAUGCAUCCAAGUCUCGAGGGAAGAUAUGUACCAUAGGCAUCGCCCCCUGGGGAAUUGUGGAAAACCAGGAGGACCUGAUUGGAAGAGAUGUUGUCCGGCCAUAUCAGACCAUGUCCAACCCCAUGAGCAAGCUCACUGUUCUCAACAGCAUGCAUUCCCACUUCAUCCUGGCCGACAACGGGACCACCGGGAAAUACGGAGCUGAGGUCAAGCUGCGGCGACAACUGGAAAAGCACAUUUCUCUCCAGAAGAUAAACACAAGAUGCCUGCCGUUUUUCUCUCUUGACUCCCGCUUGUUUUAUUCAUUUUGGGGUAGUUGCCAAUUAGACCCAAUUGGAAUCGGUCAAGGCGUUCCGGUGGUGGCGCUCAUUGUGGAAGGAGGACCCAAUGUGAUCUCGAUUGUCUUGGAGUACCUUCGAGACACCCCUCCCGUGCCUGUUGUUGUCUGUGAUGGGAGUGGACGGGCAUCUGACAUCCUGGCAUUUGGGCAUAAAUAUUCAGAAGAAGGCGGACUUAUCAAUGAAUCUCUGAGGGACCAGCUGCUGGUGACCAUCCAGAAGACUUUCACGUACACUCGGACCCAAGCCCAGCAUCUGUUCAUCAUCCUCAUGGAGUGCAUGAAGAAGAAGGAAUUGAUUACGGUAUUCCGGAUGGGAUCAGAAGGACACCAGGACAUUGACUUAGCUAUCCUGACAGCUUUGCUCAAAGGAGCAAAUGCCUCGGCCCCCGACCAGCUGAGCUUAGCUCUAGCCUGGAACAGAGUGGACAUCGCUCGCAGCCAGAUCUUUAUUUAUGGGCAGCAGUGGCCGGUGGGGUCUUUGGAGCAAGCCAUGUUGGAUGCCCUAGUUCUGGACAGAGUGGAUUUUGUGAAAUUACUCAUAGAGAAUGGAGUAAGCAUGCACCGUUUUCUCACCAUCUCCAGACUAGAGGAAUUGUACAAUACGAGACAUGGGCCCUCAAACACAUUGUACCACUUGGUCAGGGAUGUCAAAAAGCGAGAAUAUCCAGGUUUCGGUUGGAUCUAUUUUAAGGGGAACCUGCCUCCGGAUUACAGAAUUAGCCUGAUCGACAUCGGCCUGGUGAUCGAAUACCUGAUGGGCGGGGCUUACCGCUGCAACUACACGCGCAAGCGCUUCCGGACGCUCUACCACAAUCUCUUCGGCCCCAAGAGGCCUAAAGCCUUGAAACUACUGGGAAUGGAGGAUGAUGUCCCCCUGAGGCGAGGAAGAAAGACCACCAAGAAGAGAGAAGAAGAGGUGGACAUUGACUUGGACGACCCUGAGAUCAACCACUUCCCUUUCCCUUUCCACGAGCUGAUGGUGUGGGCCGUCCUGAUGAAGAGACAGAAGAUGGCCCUGUUCUUCUGGCAGCACGGCGAGGAGGCCAUGGCCAAGGCCCUGGUGGCCUGUAAACUUUGCAAAGCCAUGGCUCAUGAGGCUUCAGAGAAUGACAUGGUUGACGACAUCUCCCAGGAGCUGAACCACAACUCCAGGGACUUCGGCCAGCUGGCUGUGGAGCUCCUCGACCAGUCCUACAAGCAGGAUGAACAGCUGGCCAUGAAGCUGCUGACGUACGAGCUGAAGAACUGGAGCAAUGCCACCUGCCUGCAGCUCGCCGUGGCGGCCAAGCACCGCGACUUCAUCGCGCACACGUGCAGCCAGAUGCUGCUCACGGACAUGUGGAUGGGCCGGCUGCGCAUGCGCAAGAACUCCGGCCUCAAGGUAAUUCUGGGAAUUCUACUUCCUCCUUCAAUUCUCAGCUUGGAGUUCAAGAACAAAGACGACAUGCCCUACAUGUCUCAGGCCCAGGAAAUCCACCUUCAAGAGAAGGAGCCGGAAGAGCCAGAGAAGCCCACAAAGGAAAAAGAUGAAGAGGACAUGGAAUUGACAGCAAUGUUGGGACGCAACAACGGGGAGUCUUCCAGAAAGAAGGAUGAAGAGGAAGUUCAGAGCAGACACAGGUUGAUCCCCCUGGGCAGAAAAAUCUAUGAAUUCUACAACGCACCCAUCGUGAAGUUCUGGUUCUACACCCUGGCGUACAUCGGGUAUCUGAUGCUCUUCAACUACAUCGUGUUGGUGAAGAUGGAGCGCUGGCCUUCCACGCAGGAAUGGAUCGUCAUUUCCUACAUAUUCACCCUGGGAAUAGAAAAGAUGAGAGAGAUUCUAAUGUCGGAACCAGGGAAGUUGCUGCAGAAAGUGAAGGUGUGGCUGCAGGAAUACUGGAAUGUCACAGACCUGAUAGCCAUCCUUUUGUUCUCUGUCGGAAUGAUCCUUCGUCUCCAAGACCAGCCCUUCAGGAGUGAUGGGAGGGUCAUCUACUGUGUGAACAUCAUUUAUUGGUACAUCCGUCUACUAGACAUCUUCGGCGUGAACAAGUAUUUGGGCCCCUAUGUAAUGAUGAUUGGAAAAAUGAUGAUAGACAUGAUGUACUUUGUCAUCAUUAUGCUGGUGGUACUGAUGAGUUUUGGGGUCGCCAGGCAAGCCAUUCUCUUUCCCAAUGAGGAGCCAUCAUGGAAACUGGCCAAGAACAUCUUCUACAUGCCCUACUGGAUGAUUUAUGGGGAAGUGUUUGCGGACCAGAUAGACCGUAAGCAAGUUUAUGAUUCUCAUACACCAAAGUCAGCUCCCUGUGGACAGAAUGAGACCCGAGAGGAUGGCAAAAUAAUUCAGUUGCCUCCCUGCAAGACGGGAGCCUGGAUUGUGCCGGCCAUCAUGGCCUGCUACCUUUUAGUGGCAAACAUCCUGCUGGUCAACCUGCUCAUCGCUGUCUUCAACAAUACAUUCUUUGAGGUAAAAUCCAUAUCCAACCAAGUGUGGAAGUUUCAGAGGUAUCAGCUUAUCAUGACUUUCCACGAAAGGCCGGUUCUGCCCCCACCUCUGAUCAUCUUUAGCCACAUGACCAUGAUCUUCCAGCAUCUGUGCUGCCGAUGGCGAAAACACGAGAGCGACCCAGACGAGAGGGACUACGGCUUGAAAUUGUUCAUAACUGAUGAUGAGCUCAAGAAAGUACACGAUUUCGAAGAGCAGUGCAUAGAGGAAUAUUUCAGAGAAAAGGAUGAUCGAUUCAACUCAUCCAAUGAUGAGAGGAUACGGGUGACUUCGGAAAGGGUGGAGAACAUGUCCAUGCGGCUGGAGGAAGUCAAUGAGAGGGAGCACUGCAUGAAGGCCUCGCUCCAGACCGUGGACAUCCGACUGGCGCAGCUCGAGGACCUCAUUGGGCGCAUGGCCACGGCCCUAGAGCGCCUGACAGGUCUGGAGCGGGCCGAGUCCAACAAAAUCCGCUCCCGGACCUCGUCUGACUGCACAGACGCCGCCUACAUCGUUCGCCAGAGCAGCUUCAACAGCCAGGAGGGGAACACCUUCAAGCUCCAAGAGAGUAUAGACCCUGCAGGUGAGGAGACCAUGUCCCCAACUUCUCCAACCCUAAUGCCCCGUAUGAGAAGCCAUUCUUUCUAUUCAGUCAAUAUGAAAGACAAAGGUGGUAUAGAAAAGUUGGAGAGUCUUUUUAAAGAAAGGUCCCUGAGCCUACACCGGGCUACUAGCUCCCACUCUGUAGCAAAAGAGUCCAAAGCUCCUGCAGCCCCCACAAACACCUUGGCCAUUGUUCCUGACUCUAGAAGACCGUCUUCGUGUAUCGACAUCUAUGUCUCCGCCAUGGAUGAACUCCACUGUGAUAUGGACCCUCUGGACAAUUCCAUGAACAUCCUUGGGCUGGGAGAGCCCAGCUUUUCGGCUCUAGCACCUUCCACAGCUCCUUCAAGUAGUGCCUAUGCAACUCUUGCACCCACAGACAGACCUCCAAGCCGGAGCAUCGAUUUUGAGGACAUCACCUCCAUGGACACGAGAUCUUUUUCUUCAGACUAUACGCACCUCCCAGAAUGCCAAAACCCCUGGGACACUGACCCUCCAAUGUACCAGAGCAUCGAGCGCUCCAAAAGUAGCCGCUACCUAGCCACCACUCCCUUUCUUCUAGAAGAGGCCCCCAUUGUGAAAUCUCAUAGCUUUAUGUUUUCUCCGUCGAGGAGCUACUACGCCAACUUUGGGGUACCCGUGAAAACAGCAGAAUACACAAGUAUUACAGACUGUAUUGACACAAGGUGUGUCAAUGCCCCUCAAGCGAUUGCUGACAGGGCCACCUUCCCUGGUGCCCUGGGAGGCAAAGUGGAGGAUCCAUUGUGCUGCCAUCCUGAGCGAGAAGCAGAACUGAGUCACCCCAGCUCUGACAGCGAGGAGAACGAGGCCAAAGGCCGCAGAGCCACCAUCACAGUACCCUCCCAGGAGGGUGAUAACUCGGACAGAACCCUGUCCAACAACAUCACGGUUCCCAAGAUAGAGCGUGCCAACAGCUACUCGGCAGAGGAGCCAAGUGCAUCAUAUGCACACACCAGGAAGAGCUUCUCCAUCAGUGACAAGCUUGACAGGCAGCGGAACACAGCAAGCCUGCGAAACCCCUUCCAGAGGAGUAAGUCCUCCAAGCCAGAGGGACGAGGGGACAGCCUAUCCAUGAGGAGACUGUCGAGAACAUCCGCCUUCCACAGCUUUGAAAGCAAGCACAACUAAACCUUCUUAGUCAGCACUGCAGGAGGCUCAAGAAUCCAGCCCUGAAAUCCUCCCUGAACUCCACCUGUUCCCCUUCCUUGAAGCUUACCUGCUUUAUUCUUAGCUGAGCAAAACAAGCAAUGCCUUGGGAGGUGUUAACUCGAAGGUGACCUCUGGGCCACAGAUCAGGAAAGCACUUGGUCUAGCCCAGUGCCAAACACAGGGGCUUUAAGUCAUGUUCACACUCGAUGGGUAGGGUGGGAAAAGAGGGAGAAGAAGGGGUGCGGUGAGCGUGUAGGUCUAGCGACUUCAGAAAGCCAUGAGCUCUGGGAAUGAAGGGGCUUCACGCACUCUCCAUGCCAGGAGGCAUCUUUCCAUUUCUGACCAUUAUCAAGAGUUUUAGGAUACAGGGCUAAAUUGCAAAAUAAGAUAAAAUAAAGUAGCCAGCAUACAAAUGAGAUAUUCUAAACUUCAAUUCUGUUUUCUUUUCACAUUGGCUCCAUCACUGGUGACUGAUGAAGAGCAUCCUUUUUAUUCAGUAUAAGCCGGCAGCAAGCAGUUCUACCUAACGUCCCACAUCCUUCUCAUGCCAACACUUCUGUAAUUGAUCAUUAUAAAGAAAAAACAAGGUAACAGUCAUAGUUCACCUGUCUCUUCUAUAUUCACUUCUGGUGCCACAACUGUUGAUCUUUCUUGAAGAAAAUAAAGGGAACAGAAAUGCCUUUUUGUGUUGCAAGCAAAAUGAAAGAAGAAUUGAGGCUAAAAACAAGGGUCAAGUAGUUUAUUACAGACAGUGGGCAUUCGAGUAUAGUCGAGCAAGCUCAGGAUGAAUGUAAUUAAAUAAUUUUAUAUUUUUAAUUUAUUUUGUACCUCACUUGUCAUCAAUGAAGUCACUCACUGAAUCUGUGAUAGUGAACUGAAAGAAAGAAAUAUAUAUAGUGGGCAGAACUCACCUAAAAUUGCCAUGUGGUAUACUGUUACAUUCUCACCCUUCAUGUCCCGUGUCAUGCUGCUGUGUGAUUGUCAUCAUUUGCAUGGCUCCCCCAUGUCUUCUGAACAUCUCCAAGAUGUAUCUAGAAAUUCUUCACACCACUCAUCACAUGACCAUUUUGUAUAUGAAGAUCUGAUCACACGUGGAUAUUUUCAUACCUAGAGUUUUGCCAUUUAAUCUGAGCUCAGCAUAAAUUUAAUUGGAGUUUUUCAAGGGCUGGUAUCUUUUAUAUGGAAAUGUUCCAAAGUACUUUUUAAGGAAGUUUCAAAUCAUAAAUAAUCUUAGAAUUGACUGGGAAUUUGGUACAACCCAAAGCCAUCAGUUGCAGGCCUACCAUGAAUAUUUUUCUUAUAUGUAGAGCUAUAAAAAUGAUAGAGUAGACCCAAGUAGAAAGCAAACCACAUAAAGACUUCUAUAGUAUAUGCUGCUUAUAUACCUAUAUAUGCAUUUACACAGAGACAUGUUUAUAUAUAGUAUAUAGACAGGCAUAUAGAGCUUUCUUCAGAGGCUUGGACUAUUCUAUCACCUUGAGGUAUAAACCAGGAUUUUUAAUAUCCAAGGAGUUCCAUUGAAAGAGCUCAUUCUGUUAAGUUGAAUUUUGACAGAUGUUGAAAUUAUGUUUUUGUUUUUUUUUUUAAAUCCCUAUAACCUUAACUCUUCCUUGUCCCAAACUAAAGUUGCCAAAAUGACUGGCUACCUGCCCUUUGCUUCUUUUCUGUCCGGAAACACUUGCUGCGAUGACAUCUUAUUUAGUCUGGUUUCUCCUGCACGAAGUGAUUACGCCAAGUACAGUCUGAAUUAGACAUGCAAUUCUAAACCAGAUAGUAUUACAGACUCUUUAAUACAGAUGUACGUUACUAGGUCAGAAUCUGGAUUUGAAGGGGGAUAAAGAAAUAUUGACCCUCAAAUGUUCCAAUUCCUUCUUGUGUCCCUGAUUUUCAAAAGAAUAAAAUCUUUAAGGAAAAUGACCUAAUAUUCUCAGCCCCCAAAAUACUAUGUGGUUCUCCCGUUGAGUUGUCAUUGGGAGCUCCAAAUUUUCUCAUUAUGUGAAAUCAAGUAAAUAUGUGGACUAAAGCUCUAGACUGUAAGGUUUUGUGUUUUUUUUUUUUUUUUUUUAAACCCCUCUGAACAAACCUUUUGGCUAUAGAAAUAGUUAUGAGGCCACAUACAAAGAAUUAAAGAAUUCCUUCACACUCUUUGGCAUUUGAGUAAAUCGGACACAAGCAACCAGACUCCCUUGUGUGUGAUUACUCUAGAAAUGCUUACAUUUUUAUUGAGUCCCACAUUGGCUGUUUCCCUUUCAGCAAAUAGGCAUUUGGUCUGAGAAAAAAUCAGUUGCCCUUAAACUUCCUUGAGCCAUGCAUCUCAGUGAGAAUCUGAUGAAAGCUCUGGGCCCUCUCCCCAGAAGAAAAUGUAUAUACAUGCAGCAUUGCAAUGUAACUUGAAAGGAGGGUCCAUGAACCCCUGGUUCCAGUUGCUUGAUAAUGAGGAAGAGGAACCAUGUUUGUUCAUAAUCGAUACGAAGUCCAAAUAGGCACUUUACAUUUGAGACCAUUUCUCUGUGAUUCUCAGGAAGGCCAAGUCUCAGCACCAGAGUUGGAACCAAGAUUUUGUUCUUUUCGUCCCUUAGAUUAUAUUUUGCUAUUUUGAUAUACUUGUAUCCUAAUGUUUGAUGAUUUAAGAAGCCAGAGGCUCUCUGAGUGAGUCUGUAGAGGAAUCCAGGAAGGAGGCAAAAACCAUUAUUCUUUGACCACAGAGCAGGACAUCAUGGUACCUCUAGGGCCCCAUUCUGGACCAGACGGAAAGCGAGGGAAAGAAAUUAUGUGCACAAGUGUUUCCAUUCAUCAUGAUUUCUGGAGAGAGCAGAACAGGACCGGGGAAAUGCAGUCCUUGCCAGUCCAGACCUCGUGACUGCCUGGUCCUUUUGUCGUACAGGAAAACGAAGCUCUUACCUCUUUGUGAUGUGUGCAAAAUAUAUAAGCCAAAUUUGAAUUACUUUAAAUGUAAACCGUGCAAUUCUCAUGAGCCAUUUCUUUCCUGUGCACAUACAUGUGUAUUCUGUCUCAAUCCAUUUCUUCCCAUUUCUGGGUUCUCCGCGCCCCGCCAUGGCAUUGACUCCAUGGUCUUGUGCAGUCAAGCUCGUGUUCAGCUCAUUUAUUCCAUCCCGUCCCUGAUCAAGGGGACGUUAAUUACCUGUCUCUAUGAGUUAAGCAGCUCAUGGGCAGCACAUUAUUGAGGAACAUAAAUAAAGUCAGAGAGAGCUCACAGCAGUAAUAGCUUUGGUUUCAUCAUCUGCUUCUGAGGUGCCAAUUUUUACAUGUUACUAUACGUCAUGAUUUGUUCUAAGUCACUUGUUCCUUUUGAAAAAAAAAAAAAAAAGAAAGAAAAGGGUGUUUUAUGAAAAUGGCCAUGGAAAUUCCCUGAUUGACCCAUACUUACAGUUAGAAACUUCCUCCUUGAUGGAUUUGAAUGAGGGGCUGGAAAACUUGGGCACAGUUGCCAUGGCUAGUUCAUACAUUUCUGCAAGCCAGAGGUGUAUUAGCAGGCAGAACAGAGCACUUUAACAGAACUGGCUUUCCUUUUAAGUCUAAACUUCCAGGUCUAGGAUAUAUAUUUAGCACUUUGAAAGUUCUCCUUAAAAAAAUACAUAUACACACACACAUACACACACAUACAUAUGUAUGUAUGUAUGUGUGUGUGUGUGUAUACACACACAUAUAUAUGUGAAUAUAUAUAUGAAUAAUACAGUGGGAAAAAGGUACUUGUAAAAACACACAGUGUGUUUCUUCUGAAUGUUUCAAAUGUAUUCUCAAAGAUGGUUUCUAUAGAUAAUAUUAUGGUAGAUAACUGGAUAGUACAUUAAUUCGACUUUCUGAGGCUCUGCAGUCUAAUCUUCCUGAAUGUUUGGCUGUGUGACUUCUGUCUUGGCAAUCAAUAUUAUCCAGUCAUCCAUCAUGCGCCAUCUAUAGACUGUGCCAUCCGAUGUGUCGAGCAAUGCUGUAUUAUAAAACACACAUACACAUAUAUGUAACCCAUUUUUCACCCGGCAUAGUUGUAGCAUGUGGUUGUAUUAAUGAACGUUACAGGACAGCUUUAUAAUCACUGGCCAAUCUGUAACAUUCAAUAAAGAAGCACAUGUUGCAAGGAUUAAGUAUGUUCCCAAUUCCACGUUAUUCAGCAUCCUCGCAAAAUGAGCACUUUGGUUCCCGAUCUGCUUUAUGGUUUUCGCAGUCCUCUAACCCUCAAGGAACUACUUGCCUGGGCCGAGGUCCGUCCUCUAACCAGCCCCAUGAGCCGUGGUAGGCAAGUUGGGUUUCGCAAAAUGCGAACUGGCCUGUGAUGCGAAAGACUCUGUGACAAAUGAACUUAAGAUAAUAUUUUCAACUCCAGUGUGGAAUUAGCUGUUUGUUUACAUCUGCUAACCCCCUGCGGAAGCAGUGUACAGUAUUUUAUAAAUAUGUUCAUUUAGUAACACUGAUACGUUUGUUUCUAGAUGAAGUGAUGCUAGUGUGUAGGUAGUUAUAUAUGUUCUCGAUAUUGCAUCUGACUCAUUAUUCUUUAACGAUAGCAAUGUAACUUAAAUGAAGUAAUCCCUCUCCAAAUCCAGUCUUAAUUUUGUGGCGACAAAAUGCAUGCUCUGCUUUAUGCGUUUCUUUUGACUUUUUAAAGACACUUAAUAUUUGACUAUUGCCUGCUGUAACACUUAACCCAGCUAGGAAUUCGCUCACAUUGUUGGGCUUCUUAUACUGUUUGGGGAUUAUGUUUAAUUUUUAAAAAUUAAAAACAAAAAAGUAACGAAGGGUUUCUUUUUAAUCUUAUUUUAAGCUCCGAACAAAUAAUAUGAAAUAAGGUAUUAACCACAGGGUGCGUAGCUAGGGGACCCAGAGAUGGCUGGCCGACACUGUGCAGGUGUUGGCGCAUCUGUGAUGUAGGAAAGACACAUUUCUGAUCCUUUAGGGCCACUGGGUGCAAAUCGCGAAACCAGAGAGGAAAGUGAGAAGUCCAUUCGGACAGUACAGAAAGCCACAGAGCAUUAUGAAUGAGUGGCCCAAUGACGCCCUUGACCUCCCUCCUACCUGGUGGCUUUUCUACCUUGUGUGCGAGCCUGGUCCAGAGGCGAGCGAGGGGUGGGUGACUGGGGGUCUGAUCCAGAACCAGGUAACUGAAGAAGGUUGCCUUUUAAAGAAAUCACCAUGUCAUUAUCAGAAGCCUCUCUUUUCCAAAUGGAAAGGAGCCACUUUGCACAGUCUUAUAAAUGACUGCUCUUCCAACAGGGAGAGAAAACUUCUCCCAGCCUCUGCUGGCCUAAGCUUUCUCUUCCCUUUCCGUGUCAAAUGUUCUCCUUCCCCAUACCAGAGUCAACCAAAGCAGGGCUUGGUUCUGAUUUAAGGAAAACAAGAUUUUUUUUUCUUUUCUUUUUUAAUCCACUCACAAAAGCCAUGUUGUUACCUUUUCUCUGAUGAGUUCCUUGCGCUGGUCGCUGCUAUGACAUCAAGACGUGACGAUCUCUAUAUGUCUGUCUGAGAAAGGGUCUCGAUGGCCACGUAAUCCACCUGGCAGUAAGAGUGAGGUGAAUUUUCCCUUCCCUAAGUUCCCUUGUCUGCCAGCCCCCUUAAGCCUCCAGCCCCUUGCCUGUCUGCAUAGCGUUUAUGUGCUGGAAAGUGAAAAGGGCACACAUGGCCACAAGUCGGUGGGCUCUCUGCAGAGCUUCGGUACCAACCUUGACCCAGGCCUUCCUCCGGGACGGGCAGGCUGCCCGGAGCAUUGGGCCACAGAAGUAAGUUCAGCUUGGCCCCCAGAUGUGCAGCUUUCUUCACCCCCCUAACUUUCUUCUUUUCUCUUGGCCCAGCACAACAGGCUUUUUGCCAAACCCACAGACCCUUGGUCCUAUGACCUCAGCACCCCGUGGAGCCUGGCACAGUAAGCUGAAACACGGGCUCCUUGGAACAGGUCAUGCUUUCAGACUUUGUCCACCCCUCAUCUUUCCACUAACCUAGGCUCUCCCCACCCACCCCGCAUUCUACCCCC